AUGGCGAAUCGUAGCUGCCUUUCGUUAUUAAUCUUGCUCUUAAUCGUCGCGUUCUCAUCUAUGAUCGAGGCCCGAGGCCUCCUCGAAUCCCCGAUUCCCCUGCCGGAGAUCCCGAAACUCGAGAUUCCGGAAUUUCCGAAGGUCGAGAUUCCAGAGCUGCCGGCUUUGCCAGAAUUGGAGUUUCCAGAAUUGCCAAAAUUGGAAAUCCCAGUUCUGCCAAAGCCGGAGAUGCCAGAAUUGCCGAAACUCGAGAUUCCGAAUUUAGCUGAAAUAUUGCCUAUUCCCACAUUGCCCGAGCUACCGGAGUCGCCUUGA